UUAAUAAUAAAUGAACUCUCAUACAAAAAUGUCAAUUUGCUUCUUACUAAAACUGCUGGGCUAUAUCUGUGCUUACUUAUUUCUCAUGAACUUUCUUAAAGAAAUAGGCUUUCUGAGUGGCUUUAAGCAGUAUUUUACCGAAAACAUUGAAGACUGUGCUAAGAAGGGAACUUGUGUAUUUGAGACAGCCAAGUUUUCCAUCUUUUGAAUUUUAUGGGGGAUGACCGUAGCGCCAACUCCUGAAGUUGAUGAGGUGUGGGAGAGGGUAUUUUAUGAGCUGAAUGGAGACAAAGGCUUUGUGGUCAUGUUUUUAGUGAGGUUUGCAUCAGAUAUUAUGCUUUAUUAUGUUAUCAAUUUAGUUGUAUUUCAUGGCGGAAAGAAAGCUGAGUUUAUAAAGACAUCUCAUAUCUUUUUGUUUUUGAAUUGUCUCCUUGCAAACUCUUAUGGUUAUUCUUUCUUGUUCUGUUUGACUUUAAUUCCUAGACCAGUGAAGAUGAUAUUCUUUGGAAUUUUAGAGAAUACUCAGAUGUUCUAUUAUCCUCUUGCCUUAGUAUUGAGCUCAAUUGACAUACUCCUUCACUACUGUCAAACCCACCUUAAGCUAAACUCCUCAAAAAUCCAAGAAGGCAUCACCGACACCAGUGAAAUCUACACGAUCACUCUCAUGAUCAUUGGUAUGAUAUCCUUGAUCUCCAGUGUAAUCUUCAUAAUCCAAGCUGCCAGGAAAUACACUGAUGAAGAAUACCACAAGUACAAAGGGAAUAGGAUAAGUUCGGAUGUCAGCAAUCAAUUCCAUCCCUCUGCUUAUUAGAAAAUCUACAGGGGAGAUUUCAGUAGAAAUAGGUC